AUACGCUCCGUUCAAACGAAAAUAGUUUCGAUUGGCUCUAACGUUAGCAAACACCUGUUUGGUUUCAAAUCAAAAUUUUUAACUCUUUUAAUAUGAUUAAUUUUUUAAUAGCCGUUUUCUUUUUUCUAAUUUGUUUAAAGAUUUAUUUUAAAACACGUCUUAAUCAGCACAAAUGUUAUAAAUGUUUAAUUGGGAACACAGUAGUGAUAACAGGUGCAAAUGCAGGACUCGGUUUUCAUACAGCUUUAGAUUUUGCACAACGCGGUGCAAAAAUAAUUUUAGCUUGUAGAAAUUCACAAAGGGCACAAGAAGCUGUAGAUAAAAUUAUCAAAGCAACUAAUAAUGAGAAUGUCAGUUACAAGAUUUUUGACGCUGCUUCGUUUAAAUCGAUACGCAAUUUUGCUAAAGAAAUAAACGAAACUGAGGAGAAAAUCGAUAUUUUAGUAAAUAACGUUGGUGGAUCCGGAUUUAGAGAUGAAAGGACCGAAGAUGGGCACUUAAAAAUUGUCCAAAUAAAUCAUUUAGCACCAUUUUUAUUAACACAUCUCUUAUUGGGUAAAUUAAAACGAUCACCAUCAGCAAGAAUAGUUAACAUUGCUUCUUGGGCUGGAAAAUUUGGACGGUUUAAAAUUGGUGAUUUGGAAACAUAUCCUAAUUCUGGAAACGAUUUUAUUUCGGACGCUGUAACUUACGCUAAUAGUAAAUUAUACAAUAUUUUAUUUACUUUAGAAUUAGCUAAGAAAUUAAAUGGAACUAACGUCACAACAAAUUGUCUUCAUCCCGGAACUGUUAACACUGACUUCUUUCGAUUAUUUCCUUGGUACUUCCGAGAACCUGCUCGAAUUAGUGGAACAUUGUUUUUUAGGAAUAUUGAAGAGGGUAGCCGAACGUACAUUUACGUGUCUUUGUCGAGCGAUGUUAAAGAAGUAUCUGGUAAAUUUUUUGACAACUGUCAAGAAGCAUCUUUAUAUUCAUCAGCAAGUAAUCCCGAGCAUGCUAAAAUGCUUUGGGUGAAAUCAGAAGAAUUAACAAAACUAUCUGAGGAUGAAAAAAUUAAAUGAUUUAUACAUUACUGAAGAUUUGAUACAAAUUGGGUUGCAUAUGUUAAAUUUUUUAUUUUUAUAACUUAAAACAAGGUUGAUGAAGUUAUUUUAUGAUCCUUUUUAAACAUUAAUAAAAAACCUACUCAUCUCGUUAUCUGUAAUCUACUCCCAACUUGUUUCCAAAACAAAAAUAACACAAAAUAAAAUGAACUGCUUCAUGUUUUA